UAAUUGAGUCUCUUAGGCCUUGGUUUUGUCAAUCAUAAUUUGAUUGUUUUCUUAAUUUACAUUUGUCUUUGGCUCGAUUUGAUCUGUUUUGUUAGUUUUUUUUCUUUUAAUUAAGUGUUAAAUUGUAAUUAUGUCUUUUCUAGGUAAAUUAUUCGGUGGUGGUAAAAGUGAAAGUAAACAAGAUGAAAAGGUUUCUCCAUCAAUAGCUAUACAAAAGUUACGUGAUACAGAGGAAAUGCUUUUGAAGAAACAGGAAUAUUAUGAAAGACUUAUUAAGGAACAAGAAGCUAUAAUCAAAGCCAAUGGAACCAAAAAUAAGAAAGUGGCUUUGGCUGCACUUAAAAAGAAAAAACGUCUAGAGAAACAAAUGGAGACCCAGGAAGGGACAUUAACUACAUUAGAAUUCCAAAGAGAAGCUCUUGAAAAUGCUAAUACCAACACCGAGGUUCUUAAGAACAUGGGAUUGGCUGCUAAGGCAUUGAAAACUGUACAUAAUAGUAUGGACGUCGAUAAAGUGGAAGAUCUCAUGGAAGAUGUUAGAGAACAACAACAAAUGGCCGAAGAGAUUGUUAACGUUAUUACCGAUAAAUCAGCAUUCGGACAGAAUAUCGAUGAAGAUGAACUCAUCAAGGAAUUGGAAGAGUUGGAACAAGAGGAAUUGGAUAAACAAUUACUGGAUGCUGGAACUCUCCCUGAGGCUCCACAAACAGAGCUUAAAGAGGCAAUCGCUGCUACAAGUUCCAAAUCCAAAGAUGCUGAAGAAGAUGAAUUAGAGGCUUUGAAACAAUGGGCCACUUAAAUUUAUAAUCGAUUCAAAUUAACUUUGUUCCCUUUUUCGAUCAAAUCCUUUUAAAGAAGCAAAAAAUCUGGAUUAUUCCUUUCAUUUCUCUAUCGUGUCAUCAUCUAUCCGAAAAAGCGUAAAGACACAACUUGUAUUAAUUGGAGAAGAUCAUGAUGAUGAAAUAAUUACUAUAUAUAUAAAUAUACAUAAAAUUCAUAUAUAAAAACUGAUUGAAAAGAAA